AUCACUUUCAAGAUCACUUUCAAGGUCUUCAUUGUUAUUGAAUGCUCAUUCCUUCCUCGCCAAUCCAAGUCGCUCCAACCCAACGCCUACCCGCUCUACAACAACAAGGCAAAACAUAACAAAAUGUACACCCACACAACGCUUACCCUCCCCUCCGGUCCCAUCGCCCACAACUGGAAACCCUCGGGCCCCUCGUCGCCACGCGCGAUCCUCAUACUGCAGCACGGCUUCGGCGAAUAUGCACAACGCUAUGCGACCUCACAUUCUAAAUUCAUCCCGCGACUUACUGAUCGGGGGAUCGAGGUCUGGGCGCUCGAUCUACAGGGUCAUGGGCAAUCUCCUGGUGUUCGCGGGGUUGUGGAUCUUCAAGCGGCUGUGAGAGAUCAUGUGUGGCUGGUUGGGUUUGCUGCUGGUGGUGGUGCUAUAUCCACGGGCGUUACGGCGGCGACGGCGUCAGUAGGCUCGACCUCCGAUAAUGCCAGAAUCAACCCCGCAACUCCACCAAUACUCCUCUUCGGCCACUCCCUUGGCGGCCUUGUUACAGCCGGGAGCGCUACAACCCUCCUCACAGCCUCGCAUAAAUCCAACAACCCGAAUCCCACCCCAACGCCACGCAUAACGGGCCUCCUCCUGACAAGCCCCGUCCUCCCCUUUCCCAGCCAAAACCAGACGCAAAGCCUCAUAUCCCACUUCGCAUCUCUGCUCCUUCGCAUUAUCGCAUUCUUCUUCCCGCACCGCGAAGUCCCCUCCUUACCAGGCUCAACCCCGCCACCACAUGAUACACUCCGCGGCGAUCAUGAGGCUGUGCGACUUGCGGAGGAAGAUCAGAUGCUUUUCCGCGGUGGGAUCUCGUGGGUUGUUGCGGCGAGUGCGGUUGGGGUUGUUAGGGGAGUUUGGGGUGGUAUUAGGGAGGGGUUGUGGGGGCAGAAUGGAGGGGAUGGGGAUGGGGAUGGGAGCGACACUGGGAUGAACGUGCUUGUCCUGCAUGGACGCUGGGAUCCGUGGAGCGACUGGCGUGGGAGCUUGUCCUUUGUCGAGGGAAUCCAGCGAUUUCGAACUCAAGCCGCGUGCGCCAAGGGCGCGGGAAUCGGAAAACAGGACGAAAGCGAGAGCGAAGUCUCCGGAACCAAGCUCGUUAUUCUCGAUACCCCAUACCACGAGCUACUAAGCGCCGGAGGAAGCACAGGCGAGGAGGUUCUUAGGGUUAUGCUGGAGUGGAUCGAGGCUCGGAUCGCCCAAUGCCGGCGCUAG